ACUGGGGAGAGCGGAAAAAGCACGUUCAUUAAGCAAAUGCGUAUAAUUCAUGGCUCAGGCUACUCUGAAGAGGACAAAAAAGGCUUCACCAAACUGGUGUACCAAAACAUCUUCACUGCCAUGCAGUCUAUGAUCAGGGCCAUGGAAACCCUGAAGAUUCUGUACAAAUAUGAGCAGAACAAGGCCAAUGCAGUGCUGAUAAGGGAAGUGGAUGUAGAAAAGGUUAUGACAUUUGAGCAACCGUAUGUAAGUGCAAUUAAAACAUUGUGGAACGACCCUGGAAUACAAGAGUGUUAUGACAGGAGAAGAGAGUAUCAGCUUUCUGACUCAGCUAAAUACUAUCUUAGCGACGUGGAUCGUAUCGCUACCCCAGGAUAUCUACCAACUCAGCAAGAUGUGCUACGGGUUAGAGUUCCUACAACCGGUAUCAUAGAGUACCCCUUUGACCUAGAGAAUAUUAUCUUCAGAAUGGUGGAUGUUGGAGGUCAAAGAUCAGAACGAAGGAAGUGGAUCCAUUGCUUUGAAAAUGUGACUUCCAUCAUGUUUUUAGUAGCACUUAGUGAAUAUGACCAAGUUCUGGUGGAAUCUGAUAACGAGAACCGGAUGGAAGAGAGUAAAGCUCUCUUUCGAACCAUUAUCACUUAUCCAUGGUUCCAAAACUCUUCUGUUAUCCUCUUUCUCAACAAGAAAGAUCUGUUGGAAGACAAGAUCCUAUAUUCCCACCUUGUUGACUAUUUCCCAGAGUUUGAUGGCCCACAGAGGGAUGCACAGGCAGCCCGUGAGUUCAUUCUCAAGAUGUUUGUGGAUUUAAAUCCAGACAGCGAUAAAAUCAUCUAUUCUCACUUCACAUGUGCCACAGACACAGAAAACAUCCGUUUCGUCUUUGCAGCAGUCAAGGACACCAUCCUACAGCUCAACCUGAAGGAGUACAACCUGGUUUGACCUGCUCUGCCCUUGGCCCCUUGAGAGCCUUCAUCAUGAAGAAAAGACAAAAAAAGAAAUUUUAAAUAUGACAGGAAAAAGUUUUAAUUUUUGAUGAUGUAAUGAUUGCAAAUUGUCUGAUCUGUGGAGUGGCAAGUGCUCGGUGUUAUCCUGGAGUCUCAUGUCUCUGUCCACAGAGUAGUUGAUUUCAUAUUUUUAACAAAUUGCUUUUAUUUCACAGUUAAUGGGGAUAUGCCUCAUUUCUUCAGCACCUUGCUUACUUCUUAAUUUUUGCCAAACUGCUAAGGCAGUCUCAUCUUGAGCUUUCCUUUGUUGCUUAGCCACCUUUUUGUUUUUCCCUUUUCAUUCCCAUGGUAUAUAUAGAAAAAAAAUAACUUUCCAGCCGAGAUUGUGAAUUCACUGGACUGUGGGAGUGCAGAAUGCUACUGGUCCCUUUGCCUUGUGUUAUAGGGUGCCUCUGGUGUAAUUUGCUAAUCCUGCUUGCUUUUUUUUUUCCCCCCCUCUUUCUUUCCUUCCCCAGGACACGCUCCAUGGUUCACUGUGAUGAAAUGUUGGGGAGGAGCGAUUGCUCUCCAACUAUUGUGCAAAAAAAGAAAAAGGCAAAACAAACAAAAAAAA